AACCCAUUAGUUUUAUUCCCCAACCCCACCACGGCACGGAGGCGGAAGAAAGUGUACACAUGGUGAUACUCUAGGAUUCACUAUUGCUUGCACAUCACCUGUUUGUUUUAAGUCCUCAAAGAGAGAAGACGGAGGAAGAAGCCGGAGCUGAAUAUAGAUAAAUGAUGAAGGGGAAAGGAGUGGCGAUAGAAAGUUACCCUGCCCAAGACCAAGAAGAAGAAGGAGGAUUAGAUUAUGAUCAUCGAAAUUUGGAGCCCAGAUUCGCUCUCCCCUUCUCCACUCGCAAUACAUCUUCCAGAUAUGAUUUUGUUAAGGUGAAGGUUUGGUUGGGUGAGAAUGCCGAUCAUUAUUACGUGCUUUCCCGAUUUUUGCUAAGCAGAAUGUUGACUGUCACCAAGAUUCCCAAUCACGUGGCUAUUAAGAUCGCCCUUGAACUUAAAAAGCUGCUUAUAGAUAACAGCCUUCUGGACGUCUCGCAAUCCGACCUUGAAGCUAACUUAUUUAAGCUCAUGGAACGGCGAGGUUAUGGGGAUGAGUAUAUAAACAGAUAUAAGAUGAUGACAAGAUUUCACCAUCAAAGGGUACCUUUGGUUAUUCUUGUAUGUGGUACUGCAUGUGUUGGGAAGUCUACUAUCGCUACUCAACUUGCACAAAGACUAAACUUGCCAAAUGUUUUGCAGACGGAUAUGGUGUAUGAAUUACUACGCACGGCAACAGAUGCACCAUUAAAAUCUUCCCCUGUAUGGGCACGAGAUUUCAGUUCCCCUGAGGAGCUUAUAACCGAAUUUUGUAGAGAAUGCCGGAUUGUCCGUAAAGGUCUGGGUGGUGACUUGAAAAAGGCAAUGAAGGACGGAAAGCCAAUUAUAAUUGAGGGAAUACAUUUGGAUCCUAGUAUAUACUUAAUGGAUGAUGAAAAUAAAUCAUCAUCCACCUUGCCAGCAAAAGAUGGAGAGAAGUGCUUGGAAAAAAAUAAAAAUGGGAGCUCAGCUGAGAAUUCUGCCGCACCAUGUGGUAAGCAAGACAGUGGCAAUUUCUGCAAUCAGAGUGCUAGGUCAGCGGAAACAAUAUCUGGUGCUGAUACGGUUUCAGGUGCUCUAAAAUCUAUGGAAAUAGGUGGUGGCAAAUCUGUUUGUAAAGGUGAAAUAGUAAAAGAUGCUGACAUGGUUGAGACUCGUAAAGUCAAGAAAGAGAAAUCUGGUCCUGAACCUGUUAUUGUUCCUAUAAUCCUAAAGAUGUCCCAAUUUGAUCAUAAGGCUUUGCUAGAGGAGUGGUUAUCUAGUCGAAGCAACGAAAAGUACCCAAUACAGGACAGGGAGAAGUUAAUUGGCAACUUGAAAACAAUCCAGGACUAUCUCUGUUCAUUUAAGUCACAGGGAUAUGCAGUUGCCAACGUAUCAGCUACAACUUUCCCCCAAACCUUGGAUUGGCUGCAUAAUUAUCUUCUUCAGCGCAUUGAGCAGGGUACAUCACCUGUUUCCCCUGGGAGUGGUGUUGAAACAGUGAGAAACCAGGUCAAUAAAUGAUCAAACCUUGGUGAAUUUGAGGGCUAGCACUGGAAUUCUUUUCAGGAAAGAAACAGGGUAAUGGUGCUUCUACUCAAGUGAGCUGCCAGAUAUGAAUUUCUGAAAAAGUUCUAAUCAAGGAUGGAGAUCUCAGUAGGUUGCUAAUAACACUAACUAGAAUUGCCUCUCAAUUCACCACCAAAGACAGAAACCGAGAGGAUUGUAAAUUUUGCUAUUUGCAUCUGUCUCAGCUUGUGCAAUUACUGUGAUUCAUCCAAGGAUCUUGUCAUGGCUAUGUAUAAUGCAAUUGUAUUCUGAGAAUGUCAUUGUAAAUUACUGUCCCCAGCAAAAAUAUUUCAAAUUUGCAGUUUUCAUCCAAUAUUAUGAGACACUGUUUAGAAGAGUUCCA